ACUGCACUCCAACCUGAGCGACAGAGUGAGACCCUGUCUCAAAAAAAAAAAAAAAAAAAAAAUCAAAAUCAAUGCAAAAGAUGAAUUAUGGACAGAUAUUGAGGUUUUGAAUACAGACAUUAACUCAAUAAGGGUAAGGCCCGUGUCUGUUUUCUUUAUUGUUAUAUUGACAGUACUUUGAACAAAGUCUGGCUCUUACAGUUGUUUGUUAAUAUUUGCUGAAUGAAUUCAAAGGGGACAAAAUGUUUAAGGUAUGGGUGUUUGACAUUUUCUGCCUAGAUCCCCAAUACCACUCUUGUCUUUAUUGGGUCUUUAUUACACAAAGCACCAUUGGCGAAGGUAUGGAAGAGAAGCAGUCUCCUACAAUUGUGGGUAAGAGUGGAUUUUUAAAGCUAUUUGGCAAUAUCCGUCAAAACUUAAAAUGUAUAUAGAUUUUAGCUCCAAAUUUCUCGGUUUACACCCAACAGAAAUAACAGCAUAGAUGUAUAGCAUUGCAGUGUUGCUUGUUGAAUCAAAAGACUGGAGUGGAAGCAGGGACUUCAGUUUCCGCCUGUAAUCCCAGCACCUUGGGAGGCAGAGGCGGGCGCAUCCCUUGAGAUCACGGCUGGGUGACACAGUGAGACGCUAUCUCAAACAAACAAACAAACAAACAGUUAAACGGGCAGCAUGCGAACUCAGCGUACUCAGAGAGGCAGAUAAAAGCCGAGACCAAAGUGAGGGAGCACAGCUGCAAAUUCAACUCCGAAAGACCCUGGACUCCGCAAACGUCUGGCCGCGGCUCUUGAGCUUUUCUAUUAAGUUUCGGUUUCUGAAGCUUACGUUUAGUUUCGAUUUCUUAAGUUUCAGUUUCUGAGCGCUCGGCAUCUGAUUCAAUUUCCAGUUUCCUGUUCUUGCUGGGGCUGGGGUCUCUCUUUUAACAAAGACACGCGGCGCGGCCCAGUCCCAGGGCUGCAGAGGCCUGGCGCGCGCGCGCGCACGCGCACGCCCACCGCGCGGCUUCCCGCGGUCCCCCGUGCUGAGGAGAGAGAGAGCGGAGGGACUGCGCCGUCCGGACGGCCUGCAGAGCGCUGCCAUCAUGAGUGAAAUUCCUAAGGACACCUUGAAGGCCAUUCUGUUGGAGUUAGAAUGUCAUUUUACGUGGAAUUUACUUAAGGAAGACAUUGAUCUGUUUGAGGUAGAAGAUACAAUUGGGCAACAGCUUGAAUUUCUUACCACAAAAUCUAGACUUGCUCUUUAUAACCUAUUGGCCUAUGUGAAACACCUAAAAGGCCAAAAUAAAGACGCCCUUGAGUGCUUGGAACAAGCAGAAGAAAUAAUCCAGCAAGAACACUCAGACAAAGAAGAAGUACGAAGCCUGGUCACUUGGGGAAACUAUGCCUGGGUGUAUUAUCACAUGGACCAGCUUGAAGAAGCCCAGAAAUAUACAGGUAAGAUAGGGAAUGUCUGUAAGAAAUUGUCCAGUCCUUCUAACUACAAGUUGGAGUGUCCUGAGACUGACUGUGAGAAAGGCUGGGCACUCUUGAAAUUUGGAGGAAAGUAUUAUCAAAAGGCUAAAGCGGCUUUUGAGAAGGCUCUGGAAGUGGAGCCUGACAAUCCAGAAUUUAACAUCGGCUAUGCUAUCACAGUGUAUCGGCUGGAUGAUUCUGAUAGAGAAGGGUCUGUAAAGAGCUUUUCUCUGGGGCCUUUGAGAAAGGCUGUUACCCUGAACCCAGAUAACAGCUACAUUAAGGUUUUUCUGGCACUGAAGCUUCAAGAUGUACAUGCAGAAGCUGAAGGGGAAAAGUAUAUUGAAGAAAUCCUGGACCAAAUAUCAUCCCAGCCUUACGUCCUUCGUUAUGCAGCCAAGUUCUAUAGGAGAAAAAAUUCCUGGAACAAAGCUCUCGAACUUUUAAAAAAGGCCUUGGAGGUGACACCAACUUCUUCUUUCCUGCAUCACCAGAUGGGACUUUGCUACAGGGCACAAAUGAUCCAAAUCAAGAAGGCCACACAUAACAGACCUAAAGGAAAGGAUAAACUAAAGGUUGAUGAGCUGAUUUCAUCUGCUAUAUUUCAUUUCAAAGCAGCCAUGGAACGAGACUCUAUGUUUGCAUUUGCCUACACAGACCUGGCCAACAUGUAUGCUGAAGGAGGCCAGUAUAGCAAUGCUGAGGACAUUUUCCAGAAAGCUCUUCGUCUGGAGAACAUAACCGAUGAUCACAAACAUCAGAUCCAUUACCACUAUGGCCGCUUUCAGGAAUUUCACCGUAAAUCAGAAAAUACUGCCAUCCAUCAUUAUUUAGAAGCCUUAAAGGUCAAAGACAGAUCACCCCUUCGCACCAAACUGACAAGUGCUCUGAAGAAAUUGUCUACCAAGAGACUUUGUCACAAUGCUUUAGAUGUGCAGAGUUUAAGUGCCCUAGGGUUUGUUUACAAGCUGGAAGGAGAAAAGAGGCAAGCUGCUGAGUACUAUGAGAAGGCACAAAAGAUAGAUCCAGAAAAUGCAGAAUUCCUGACUGCUCUCUGUGAGCUCCGACUUUCCAUUUAAAUACAUACUCUAGGAAAUUAGCUCUAAGUUUUUCCCUCCAUUUUGGGUUCUCCUGUUUUGUUUUUUUUUUAUUGUUUUAAUCCCUUGUUUAUUAUAGAGCUAAUAUUUAUUGAAUAGUUAUUGUGUACCAAGCAUUGUGCUAAAUACUUUAUAUGCAUUAUGAUGAAUCUUGUGCGGUUUUCUUUCUUUUUUUCUUUUUAAUUAAAAUACUAUAAUCCAUUGAGAAAUAGCAAUAUUCUAGCUAUUGUAACUUCUAAAAAUGGUAUGGCCAUUAGAUCUGUGCUUUUUAUCUCUGCUCUUUAAAUUUCUCAUAUUAUAUAGUAAAUAUAUUCCUACGUAAACCUUUGAUACCUAGAUCAGGAAUAUUCUUCCAGGAGUACAAAAUUACAUUAUUGAUAGUUAAGCUCUUAAUUGUGUAGCUUGCAAAAGACAGCACUUUUUAGUUACAGAUGUUUUGACUUUGAUGAGGAUAUUUAGCUAUCAAUCUAAUAGUCACCUAAAAUAUCUUUUUUGUUGGAAAAAAGUUUAUAAUAAAAAAGUUUGUCAUUUCUAGUGACUUCAAUAAAAGAAAAACUAGAAGAGGAGAAAAAGGAUUUCCUCAAAUUUUAAAUAUGUAACUUCAGGGAUUCAAUCUCCAGAUGUUUAUUAAGUAGCUAGAAAUAAUUAUGUGGAAAAAAAUGAAUAAUGGAAAAUAGUGAGUCUCAAAUUGUUCUCUUUUUUUUUUUAACUAAAACAAAUCUGCAAUGAAUCUAGAUGCAAUUAAUUUUAUUCCUUCCAACUAAAAUUACAAUAUUUUUAGGUUAAAAUUAUUGAGAUAUAAAGCAGCCAUUGGGAAAUUGGGAGAAAUGAUAAACAAAUGGAAAAAGAAGAUGUCCCUAACCUACACCCAUAGAUUACCAAGGUUUCAGUGUACUAGUUUUGAAUCUGUUCUGAAUGGAGUUUUUAUACCCUUAAUUUCUGGCCUUUGGCUAUUUUAGCAUUUCAAAGUGACUUCUAUGAAGCUUUUUUUUUAAUGUGAAAUUUUCAGAAUGUUGUUUUUUUCAUGUAGAUACUCCAGGAAGAGUUAAGCACUGCUUUCAGUUUUAAUAUCCACCUUGAGGGGUCGCUGCUUGAGGGCUCUUAUCCCAGGGGACCUUUUAAUUCGGAUGUUACUUAAUGUGGCUUCUCUAAUGUUGUUUCUUUGAUUACCGACUACACAAUUAUGUACCAUCACAGUAUUAGUGGAAAAGUACCAUGUGAUUUAAUUCUCCAUUCCUCCAAUGUAACUCUUAAAAUUA